ACCUGUGCGCGCCGCUGGGGGAGGAGGAGCCGCGGGUCUGCCCUCUUCCUUUUCCUCGCCGUCCCGCGUCCCCGGAGCACUCCCGCCAUGAAGCCCAACUUCUCUUUGCGACUGAGGCUCUUCAACCUCAACUUCUGGGGUAUUCCCUAUCUGAGCAAGCACCGGGCCGACCGCAUAAAGCGUCUGGGAGACUUUCUGAACGUGGAGAGCUUCGACCUGGUUCUCCUGGAGGAGGUGUGGAGUGAGCAGGACUUCCAGUACCUGCGACAGAAGCUGUCGCCCACUUACCCGGCUGCACACUACUUCAGGAGCGGAGUCAUUGGCAGUGGCCUCUGUGUCUUCUCCAAACACCCAAUCCAGGAACUCACCCAGCACGUCUACUCCCUCAAUGGCUACCCCUACAUGAUCCAUCAUGGUGACUGGUUCUGUGGGAAGGCCGUGGGGCUGCUGGUGCUCCAUCUAAGUGGACUGGUGCUCAAUACCUACGUGACCCAUCUCCAUGCCGAGUAUAAUCGACAGAAGGACAUCUACCUCGCACAUCGUGUGGCCCAAGCUUGGGAACUGGCCCAGUUCAUCCACCACACAUCCAAGAAUGCAGAUGUGGUUCUGUUGUGUGGGGACCUCAACAUGCACCCAGAAGACCUGGGCUGCUGCCUGCUGAAGGAGUGGACUGGGCUACGUGAUGCCUACCUUGAGACCCGGGACUUUAAGGGCUGUGAGGAAGGCAAUACGAUGGUACCUCAGAAUUGCUAUGUCACCCAGCAGGAGCUGGAGCCUUUUCCCUUUGGUAUUCGCAUUGACUAUGUGCUUUAUAAGACAAUUUCUGGAUUCUACAUGUCCUGUAAGACUCUGGAAACCACUACAGGCCAUGACCCUCACAGAGGCACCCCCCUCUCUGAUCACGAGGCCCUGAUGGCUACUCUGUAUGUGAGGCACAGCGCCCCCCAGCAAAACCCAAGCCCUAUCCACAGACCAGCAGAGAGGUCACUGUUGAUCAGUGUGCUAAGGGAGGCCUGGACAGAGCUGGGUCUGGGCAUGGCUCAAGCUCGCUGGUGGGCGACCUUCAGUGGCUACGUGAUUGGUCUGGGGCUGCUUCUCCUGGCAUUGCUGUGUAUCCUGGCAGCUGGAGGAGGGGCCUGGGAAGCUGCCAUACUGCUCUGGACCCCCAGUGUAGGACUGGUGCUGGGGGGAGGUGCGGUCUAUCUCUUCCACAUGCAGGAGGCCAAGGGCUUAUAUAGAGCCCAGGCUGAGCUCCAGCAUGUGUUGGGAAGAGCAAGAGAAGCACAGGAUCUGGGGCUAGAGCCUCAGCCAGCCCCACUCCUAGGGCAGCAAGAAGGAGACAGAGCUGAGGAACAAUAAAGCUUGACUCUUUAA